AUGAUGAAGAAAUUGGACAUAGAUGAGUCGUCGGCAGCCAGUGCCUCGAAAGAAACGGGAACGGGAAGUAGCGAUACUGCUUCUACUUCAUAUCAGCAGUAUCCGGAAAUGAGUGCCGAACAAGAGUUUUUUUUGUACGAACUUGAAACGACUGAUUCGGGUAGUGUUGGUUUGGUGCUAAGAGCAAUUUAUGAUUGUGGUGAUGUCCACAAGUUUGCACGUGCUCUAGAGCAUCGUAUCCAUCAUUAUGAUAAAAGCAUCCAGAGAAUUUGUUCUUAUCAUUAUCAAGGAUACGUUGAUGCAAUGAAACAACUUCUGCAAUUGAAGACACGGAGUUUGGAAAUCAAGGAUGAAGUCAACGCAAUAGAUCAUAAAAUACAAGAAAGUAGCAAAGACUUACGAAAACGUAGUGCGGAAAUUGUACGUUACAGAAAACUACAAAGGAAUGCGAAUACUGCUAUCGAUCACAUUUCAUUGUGCUUACCUGUGCUUGAAAAUUAUGCGAAACUAAAUGAACAUAUGCAGCAGAAGAAGUUUUAUCAAGCAUUGAAAGUACUUGAAGAAUUGGAGCACACGUAUAUGGUUCAUGUUGAUAACUAUCGUUUUACGCAAACGUUGAAAAAAUCACUGCUUCCAAUUCGUGAACAAAUCAAGGAAAAAUCAUUCUCGGAAUUCACAGAUUUUCUGGAAGAUAUCCGAAAAGUUUCCGGACGUAUCGGACAGCACGCAUCGAAGUGUACGGCUGAACAACACUCUUUUGGAAUGACAGAAGCUGAACGUGUAAAACGUUUACAGGAAGAAGCGAAAAAGAAUGUUGUGAAUGGUGAUAUCGUGCUUUCAUUGGAUGGUUCAGUUGUCAAGAAAAAUGAUAAGGGACAACGAAAAACAAUGCAGAUAUCUCUUCCCGAAGAAGAUGAAUUACUUAGCGCUCAAGAUCUUAUAGAUUUUACACCAAUUCAUCGUUGCUGCCAAAUCUUUAAUGUCAUUGGUGAGAAAGAGACUUUCGAAGCCUACUAUAGAAAGCAGCGGAAAGAGCAAGCAGUGGUUGUUAUUCGACCACCAGGCAAACUGCAAGAAUCAAUACAUUCGUAUGUGAAGUAUUUGGAUGAAAUUAUCGGCUUUUUCGUAGUCGAAGAUCAUAUUAUGCAAACAGAAUCUAGUCUGGUGACUGCAGCUUAUAAGGAUCAGCUUUGGGAAAUGGCACUGCAUCAAGUUACAACCACUAUGAAUGCCCAUUUUGGAGGUUGUUUGGAUGUUGAAAUGAUGUUGAAGAUGAAGAAAGUAAUUUUGUUGUUUGCAAUGACAAUGAAAAGUUAUGGAUUUGGAAUUGGUUCUCUUUACACUCUGCUCCAAAAUUUCAGAGAUCAGUACAACGAAAUUUUGAUGCGAGAAUACUGCGCUCAGUUUGAACGAGAUCUUGAAAGCGACAAUUACACGCCAAUCACAGCAAAAGAUGAGGAAGCAUUCAGAGCAGUAGUAACACAGUUCCCCUUCUAUCGAAGAGGAAUGGAUCAGGAGCCUUAUCCCAGAGUUUUCCCGUUUUCUAAGUUUGUACCUGCAGUGUACUGUCAAGCGAAGAAUUACCUCGUCGGAUGCUUGAAAUUUAUGGAGCACCUUCAGCUUUCUCCCACUGAGGUUGAUGACACAGUACGCCGUUAUGCAAAUGUGCUUCUUGCACGGUGGUCAGGUUCUUUGAAAAGUUUUGUGGCCAACAAAAAACGGACGCUUAUACAGCUUGUUCAAAUCACAAUUAAUAUCGGUUAUUUGGAGAAGACGUGUGAGUCGCUGGAACAUUAUAUUAGUAAAUUAACAAAUGCAAGUAAUAAUUCUGGUAACAGUACAGGACAUUUAGUUACAUUAAAGGAUCAAGUUUUUAGAGACGCGCGUUCUGAAGUGGAGCAACAGAUUGAUAGCGCACUUCGUGACAAAGUAGAUGCUUUUCUUGAUCUUGCUAACUACGAUUGGGAACUAUCAGGUUCAAGUGGCAGGGCCAGCGAUUACAUCACAGAUUUGAUCAAGUUUUUGGAAACAACUUUCGUCUCAUUUACUAAUUUGCCAAAUCUUUUGGCGAGGCACGUUUGUAUGCAGACCUGUAAAUAUUUGGCCAAUCGAUUAACAGAUUUACUGCUAAAUACAGAUUUGAAAACUGUAAGCACUGGUGCACUUGAUCAGUUCGAUUUGGAUGUGAUACAGUGCGAGUUAUUUGCUUCUCAGUGUCCCGUUGCAGGAUUGGAAGAUGGGACUCUUGCGAUGACUUUUGCCAGUUUGAGACAACUUCUUGACCUAGUUAUGAAGUCUGAUUGGCCAACUUAUUUGGCCGACUACGGGAAAGAAGAAAGCAAAUAUUCAAGAGUUAAAGCCUCGCAUGCGAUUGUCCUGUUGGAGAAACUGGUUGAAUUCGAACGUAAAUCAUCAAGUUUUUUCGCCAAAGGUCGUGAGAAAGAUCGUAAAAAACUUCUGGAUACAAUUCUUCGCCAACUGCGAGCUCUUGCUAAUCAGUAA